AUGGAAACUCCUUUCACUGUUAAAGCUAAGCCGGGCACUGAUGUCUGGAAGCAGCCUCCUUCCACAGAUGUCUUUACAGCUCCCUUCCACCCUCACUCCAUCGCUCCUCUAAAGCAUUUCAUCUCCGCAACAAUCACCUUCCGCACAACCUAUGUCCACCAAUACGACCAAGCCUGUCUCCUUCUCACCUUCACCAAGCCCGCCACCCCAGGCGCUCCCCGCAAAUGGAUCAAGACAGGCAUCGAGCUGUACAACGAGCACCCGCGCUACUCAACUGUGACAUGCGACUCUUGGGCCGACUGGAGCGUUGAGGCAGUUAGCCCUAACGAUGAGGCUGGGGUCAAGAGUGGUGAGAAGAGCGUUACGAUUAAAGCGAUGAAGGUGGAGGAUGCGCUAGGCGUGUGCCUCUGGAUCUACAGGGUUGAUGAGAACGGCGAGAAGACACCACUGAGACAGACGAAUUGGGUGUAUGGCGAUAAUGGUGGUGAGGGAUGGGAGCUUGAGGUUUCGGCAGCUGUAGCUAGACCUGAUCCUCAUAAGAACAUCAAGGAGGAUCUCGAAGGUACAUUUGAGAAGUUGGAGGUCGAAUGGGAGAAGCCUACCGCCUAA